ACGCCAAAUCCAUAAGAUCCACCCUAGCAGACGUAGUGCAAGACACAUCCAAUGCAACUAUGGCAUCAGAACCAACAACAACCUGAAGCACAAUCUUAACCCAAAUUCUUGACAAAAACUACUUUUUAACCCAAAUUCGGUUUUCAUUGAAAGUGAUUUUAAUGAAAAUCCCCAGACACCGAUAACCUCCGCCCAACACCAUACACCAUUCUUUCCCUGUCACCGUUCCGACACCCACCUAGCUGCCGCAGCACUUUCGACGCAGACAACGUUGCAAAUUGCAAUGUGGCCUCUUCAGUCUUUUCAGUGUUUCAGUUGCAAGCAACUCAGAAAUGUUGUGGUCUUUCAAGGCAAGGGAAGUUGUUAUUCAACCUUUUUCAGUAGGAGGAUGAGGUGUGGUAAUUUUCUCCCUUUGAAAUAUUCAAAAUGGUGUUACCGGAUGAAACACAAGUUUCCAGAGAAGAAGGUUGUGGAAAUGGAACCGUGUGGUGGAAGGGGGAGCAGUUUAAAGUUGCGUAAUCAGGUAUUUGCUCUCUUGGAUUAUAACAAAAUGAGUCUGAAAGAUGUAUUAGAUGAUUCAGACAUCUCCUUGAUAUGUAAGACAUUUCCAUCAAUUACUUUGGGUAAUGCUCCUAAAGUGGAUUUGUACGAUGGGACUGAAUUGGAAUCUGAAACCACAAACAGUUCAGCAACAGAAGAUUCAGAACAGUGUUUUUCAGAUUCUUCAGAGGCAAGGUGGGUGCAAAAUACUCUCCCUGAAGCUCAGUCUCCGGUGUAUGUUGAUCAUUCUAGUGUAUUAUCUUCCUCGUUACAAAAAGAUGGCUCUUGUCCUUUAAUACCUCAGCCAAUGUCUUCAAUAUGUGAAGAAAAUUUGGAUCGAGUUAUUAAGGAGGUUUCUCAAGAGAAACUGGGGCUGCAGUCACAAUCAAAUGUAACACCUAAUGACUUAUUUCUUGACGAAUCUAUAAGUUGCUUCCCUGGAUUAAGUAAGAGGCACUGCCGACAGCUAGAUGACUGUGGGUUUCACACGUUUCGGAAAUUGCUGCAUCAUUUUCCGCGAUCAUAUGCUAAUCUUCAGAAUGCGCAUGCUAAAAUUGACGAUGGGCAGUAUUUGAUUUUUGUUGGAAAAGUCUUAUCUUCAAGGGGAGUCAAAGCUAAUUGUUCAUUUUCAUUUCUUGAGGUGAUUGUGGGUUGUCAGAUUACAGACAGUGAAUCAGCUUCAGGGCAUGUGACAGGCAAUGCUAUUGAUGGGCAAGAGAAAACAAUUUAUUUGCAUUUGAAGAAAUUUUUUCGUGGCUCACGUUUUACGUUUAAACCUUUUCUUAGUAGUAUUGCAAAUAAGUAUCGAGAGGGAGACAUAGCAUGUGUGAGUGGCAAGGUCAGGACUAUGCGUGCUGAAGAUCACUAUGAGAUGAGAGAAUAUAAUAUUGAUGUGCUUGAAGAUGGAAAAGAAUUAUCAUUUUGUGCUAAAGAGCGGCCAUAUCCUAUCUACCCUUCAAAAGGGGGACUGAACCCAACUUUUCUGAGGGACAUUAUUGCAAGAGCUUUACAAGCCUUGGCUGUCAAUAUUGAUCCAAUUCCUAAAGAUAUCACAGAGCAAUUUGGACUGUUAAGUCUUCGUGAUGCAUACUUUGGAAUUCACAAACCGAAGGAUAUAAAUGAAGCUGAUUUGGCCCGCAAGAGAAUUAUAUUUGAUGAAUUUUUUUACCUCCAGUUAGGACGCUUAUUCCAAAUGCUUGAAGGUCUUGGUACACAAAUAGAGAAGGAUGGAUUGCUAGAUAAGUAUAGAAGACCAGAAAAUAAUGCUGUGUGUACAGAGGAAUGGUCCUGUCUCACCAAGAAAGUUUUGGAGCUCCUUCCAUACACUCUUACUUCUAGUCAACUGCAAGCUGUUUCAGAAAUUAUUUGGGAUUUGAAAAGGCCAGUUCCUAUGAAUCGGUUACUGCAGGGUGAUGUUGGAUGCGGGAAAACUGUUGUAGCUUUUCUGGCAUGCAUGGAGGUUCUCGGAUCUGGCUAUCAGGCUGCUUUCAUGGUUCCAACUGAGUUGCUUGCAAUCCAACAUUAUGAACAUUUGCUUAAUUUGCUUGAAAACUUGGAUGAGGUCGAGUUCAAGCCAACUGUCGCUUUACUUACUGGUUCAACUCCACUAAAACAAUCGCGGAUUAUUCGUAAGGGUAUCCAGACUGGAGAAAUUUCAAUGGUCAUAGGAACCCAUAGUUUGAUAGCAGAAAGUGUGGAAUUUUUAGCCUUACGCAUUGCUGUGGUGGAUGAGCAGCAUCGCUUUGGUGUGAUUCAAAGAGGAAGAUUUAACAGUAAGUUAUUUUGUACUUCUUCAAUUUCCAGUGUGGAAGAUGCCGUUACAGAUAGGCCCUCAAGGAAUGAUGCAUAUAUGGCUCCACAUGUUCUUGCUAUGUCUGCUACUCCCAUCCCAAGGACACUUGCACUUGCUUUAUAUGGGGAUAUGUCACUGACACAGAUAACUGACUUACCUCCAGGAAGAAUUCCUGUUCAAACAUAUACCAUUGAAGGAAAUGACAAAGGAUUCGAGGAUGUCUACAAGAUGAUGAUGAAUGAGUUGGAAGACGGGGGAAAAGUUUAUCUUGUCUACCCAAUUAUUGAACUCUCUGAGCAGUUGCCUCAGCUUCGUGCUGCUUCUGCAGAUUUUGAAGCUAUGUCAAACCGGUUUCAUGGAUACAAUUGUGGUUUACUACAUGGAAAAAUGAAAAGUGAUGAAAAAGAAGAAACGUUAAAAAAGUUUAGGACUGGAGAAAUGCAUAUACUACUUGCCACACAAGUAAUUGAAAUUGGUGUUGACGUUCCAGACGCAUCUAUGAUGGUUGUGUUGAAUUCUGAGAGGUUUGGAAUUGCCCAAUUACACCAACUCAGGGGACGAGUUGGUCGCGGAACACGGCAGUCAAAAUGUAUACUAGUAGCGUCGACUGCAAGUAGCCUAAAUCGUUUGAAAGUACUGGAGCAAUCAUCAGAUGGGUUCCAUCUUGCUAAUAUGGACCUUUUAUUGCGUGGACCUGGUGACUUGCUUGGGAAGAAACAAUCUGGACAUCUUCCUGAGUUUCCUAUUACCCGAUUGGAAGUUGAUGGAAAUAUUUUACAAGAAGCACACGUUGCGGCACUGAAAAUUUUAAGUGCUUCCCAUGAUUUGGAGCGAUUUCCUGCACUUAAACGGGAGCUUAGCAUGAGACAGCCACUUUGCUUGCUAGGUGAUUGAUUAAGUUUUGAUGUGGUAUUCAAAAGUUACCAUGUUUCAUUGUGGUAAUUUUGAUCAUGUAAUUAAUUUGAUGGGCUUUUUUGUUAUGUAAACAAGAUCUAACCUUUAGGAAGCUGUUUAUAUCUUUAAAAGUACACAUUUUUUUGUCCUGUUUAGGCCAUGAUGCUUCCUUGUAUCCCGUUUGUAGCAAUCCUUGUAAAUAUUUAAAGACAUGUAAGAUCUUUGUAAGCUUACUCUUGUUUCUUUUCACUUGUAUAUUUCUUUCUAGUUAUUUGAUUUCCUUCAUGUUUAA